GCACGAUUGUACGUGGCAUCGCCAGCAUCACCUUGGCAAUCUACAUGCGCUGGACCGCAGCCGCCGUAUAGUAUUCGCCCAGAGAACGGGCGACAAGUAUCGAUGCAUCUGUUACUCUAGCCUUACGGUGGUGCACCUGCAGCCUUGCGGCUCAGCCUUGCUCACGCCGCUCAUAUCACUGUUAUUCGUAUGGGCCAACAUCAGCCCUGUAUCACAGACGGACAGCCUCUCCUACCGCCAGUACAGACUCUUCCGAACGACCUUGGACGUCUUCGGCUUCAGGAGACUGUCGCAGAUGAGACCACUGGAGGUGAUAUCAUUGAAGGUAGAACCUCAGCAGUGGAAGCCGAUAAAGCAGAAGCCAUGGAAGACGAGACAGGACCCAUCGUUCGCUCACUUAUAACACAUCCACUUGAUGACGACCUCGACUUCAAAGCUCUGUCUUACGUUUGGGGCGAUCGUAAAGACUGAAAGGAAAUCAUCAUUAGUGGUCAGCGGAUGCUGAUCCCUCGUAACCUCCAUGAAGCACUCCAUCCCUUUUGUCAGGACUCUCCAGCCCU